AUGAAACGAGGCGCUGACACACGUGUAUCUGCAGGUGAGAUCUUGCAGACAGACACCAAAUACGUGAUGCACAAGAUGGAUUUUCUUAACACAGUUGAGAUUAUUACAUCAGAUGGAUCCAAAAACACAUGGACAAAAUUGAACAAUGGCAAUGUGACAGAAAGAAAAGCCAGCACUGAUCUUCUGCAAGCUAUUGAGACUAUAAGCAGCCAUCUCUCAGAUGUGGACUUUUCUAUAACAACACAAUCCAUUCAGUUAAAUAGGACUAUAACUGAUGAUAACUCUAAGACUAUCGAUGUAAUAUCUUACCUGGAGAACUCAACUACACGUACUGAAAUUCUGAUACCAAAUGUUCCUAAAUCAACUGCCAUAACCAUCAUCAUCUUCACGAAUCUUAACAAUGUUCUACCAACGCGAGAUACUUCUAAUAAUGACAACAAGACAUCAAAAAACAUCAUCAAUGGAGACGUGGUUGUUGUUCAGGUCAAUCAAACAAUUCAUAACAUUUCAUUUGCAUUCGAUACUAAGAAUACAUCAUUGAAAAAUCCUCAGAGUGUCUUUUGGAACUUUUCUCUGGACCGAUGGGAUUCCAAUGGAUGUAAAGUCAAGAACUUUGUGAAUAAAACAGUAACUUAUGAAUGCAACCACACAACCUCCUUUUCAAUCCUGAUGUCACCGUUUCCAGUUGAUAUCCCAGCGUAUAUAACAUACAUUGGUGUAGCUAUUUCAUUAGCCAGCUUAAUUCUGUGCCUCAUUAUUGAGGCGAUCGUAUGGAAGUCAGUGACACGAAAUGACACAGCGUACAUGCGUCACGUCUCAAUAGUCAACAUUGCUGUUUCGCUGCUGAUCGCAGACAUCUGUUUCAUCAUCGUAGCUGCAUUUGCAGACCAAGAGCAGUUGCUCUCAGUGGAUCGCUGCAGUCCAGUAGUUUUCUUUAUGCACUUUUUUUACCUGGCUGUUUUUUUCUGGAUGUUCAUUUCAGCACUUUUGCUUCUUUACCGCACCGUCAUGGUCUUUUCUCAGAUGUCAAGGACUAAUAUGAUGGUCAUUGCCUUCACUGUUGGUUAUUGUGCACCUUUGCUCAUAGCGGUUAUUACUGUUGCAUCCACAGCUGGACCUAAAAACUAUGUCUCAAAAGAAAAUGUAUGUUGGCUGAACUGGUUUCAGUCUAAGGCCCUGCUGGCAUUUGUGGUUCCAGCUCUGACUAUUGUUGCCUUUAACCUCAUGGUUUUGAUUGUGGUUUUGUGUAAGAUGGUCAGAAGAGGAGUUGGUGCUUUAACUAAUUCAAAUGAGAAACACACUCUUGUGGUUAUUGCCCGAUGUGUGGCCAUUCUGACUCCUAUCUUUGGUCUAACAUGGGGAUUUGGCAUUGGAACCAUGGUGUCACCUGAACGACCCCUUCAUAUAGUGUUUGCAAUCCUCAAUUCAUUCCAGGGAUUUUUUGUUUUGGUGUUUGGAUUACUUUUUGACAGCAAGGUCCGUGAGUCACUGGCAGGAAAGCUGUCAUUAAAGAACCUCAGUUCCAGUCCUACCAGGAGCACUAAUGCUGGAACAUCAUCUACAGGUGGACUGGGUAUCCUACGAUGGCUGCGUAGGAGAAAUGUAUACAACCUGUCUGAUCCCAGCCCGGCUACCUCUGCUAACAGCUCCAGUGGAUCUCAUUUAAUCCCUAAUUAACUAUCUAUUAACUAAAAUCAACUGACUUAUUUAAACAUUUUAAUUUUGUCUGUUACAUACAGUACAUAUGUAAACUCCACUUUAUUUUACUGUUUUGGAAAUUAAAUCUGUGUUCUGUAAUCAAUGUUCUUAGAUGAUGUUACACUGUAAAAUUAAGUGUGCAAUUUGAAAGAAAUAUGUGGCGGUUUCCCGCAUAGGGAUUAGAUUAGUCCUAGACUAAAAUAAAUUUAAGAGCUGUUCAAACUGAAAACAACUUGCACUGACAUGUCUAAAAAAAUUUUCAUUGCCUCACCAAUUCCUUAAGGAAGCAUGUUUGUUAAAACUAGUUAUAUUUCCUAAUUAAACUAAGGCCUACUCAUGGCUUUAGCUAAUUCAUGUCUAGGAAAAACACCUAUGUUUUUUAUUUAAUAUACAUUAAAAUGUACAUUCAUUUAGGGAAGACAGUGGCUACUGUAGCAGGCACUCCAGUGAAUAUUUUUCAUGGUCAUUUCUUUAUAGCCACAUCAUUAGACACAGUUUCACAGUUAGGGGUAAAAGAAUACUGAACACAAGACUUACCUUGGUUAGGCCACAUUACAAUCAAAAAUCUCCCAUUACUGCCAUUAUUGGUUAAGCAUAUUGUUAAUGGUUUUAUAGAGGGCCGCAGGAAUGACGUAUUUUUACAUGGGUUCCUUCGCAAUAAAGCACAUUCAUUUUUCUCAUAGGCUUUUGGAUUAUUGCAAAAAAUAAACUCUGU